AAGGAGGGGAUGAGAGUUGGGGGGAGCAGCGGGAGGAGGAGGAAGAGGAGGCGGCGGCGGCUACCGAGGAGGCAGUGCUGGGUCCCUCAGUAGGGCUCACAGGAGCCACCAUCAUGGUGAAGAGGAAAAGCUCCGAAGGCCAGGAGCAGGACAGCGGCCGAGGCAUCCCCCUCCCCAUCCAGACCUUCCUUUGGAGGCAAACCAGUGCCUUUUUGAGGCCCAAACUGGGAAAACAAUAUGAAGCCUCCUGUGUGUCCUUUGAACGAGUUUUGGUAGAAAACAAACUUCAUGGCCUCUCUCCAGCCCUUUCUGAAGCCAUCCAGAGCAUUUCCCGCUGGGAGUUGGUCCAAGCUGCAUUGCCUCAUGUUCUGCACUGCACUGCAACACUGCUUUCCAACAGGAAUAAACUGGGUCAUCAGGAUAAACUAGGUGUUGCAGAAACCAAGCUCCUUCACACGCUGCACUGGAUGCUGCUUGAGGCCCCCCAGGAUUGCAACAGUGAUCGGUUUGGAGGAGGUGACAGAGGCUCCAGCUGGGGUGGUGGCAGCAGUGCCUUCAUCCAUCAAGUCGAAAACCAGGGAUCACCAGCCCAUCCUCGGAGAGGCAGUUCCCAUGAAGAAGAAGAGAAUAGUCGUAGGAAAUUCUUCCAGAACUCCAUGGCCACUGUAGAACUCUUUGUGUUCCUAUUUGCUCCUCUGGUACACCGGAUCAAGGAAUCUGACCUGACUUUUCGAUUGGCCAGUGGUCUUGUUAUUUGGCAGCCAAUGUGGGAGCACAGACAGCCUGAAGUCUCUGCCUUUACAGCUCUGGUGAAACCUAUCCGGAACAUCAUUACAGCCAAGAGAAGUUCUCCAAUCAAUAAUCAGAGUCAAGCCUGUGAGUCACCAAAUCAGGGAACAGGCCACUCAGAGGGUUUGCAGGUGGUGGGUGAAUCAUUCCAAUCAGAUUCCAUCUCACCCAAGGCUACCAUUCCUGGCUGUCAUCGGGGAAAUUCCUUUGAUGGAAGUGUGUCCUCACAAGCAUCCCUAGACAGAGGUCCUGCCCAUUCUAGAGCUUCUCUAGUGAUACCUCCUUGCCAACGAUCCCGCUACGCCACCUACUUUGAUGUUGCGGUACUACGCUGCUUACUCCAGCCCCAUUGGUCAGAGGAAGGCACUCAGUGGUCCCUGAUGUAUUAUCUGCAGAGAUUAAGACACAUGUUAGAAGAGAAACCAGAAAAGUCUCCAGAGCCAGAGAUUCUGCAUCUGCCCAGACCCCGCAGCAGUUCCAUGGUGGCAGCAACUCCCUCACUAGUGAACACUCAUAAAACCCAAGAUCUUACCAUGAAGUGUAAUGAGGAGGAAAAAUCUCUAAGUACAGAGGCCUUUUCUAAAAUGUCUUUGACCAACUUGCGCAGAUCUGCAGUUCCAGAUCUUUCUUCAGACUUGGGCAUGAACAUUUUUAAGAAGUUUAAAAGUCGCAAGGAAGAUCGAGAACGAGAACGCAAAGGUUCUAUCCCAUUUCACCACACGGGGAAGAGAAGACAGCGUCGAAUGGGAGUGCCUUUCCUGCUCCAUGAAGAUCACCUGGAUGUGUCCCCCACACGCAGCACCUUCUCAUUUGGGAGCUUUUCUGGUCUUGGAGAAGAUAGACGUGGUAUUGAAAAAGGAGGCUGGCAAACUACCAUAUUAGGCAAAUUCACCAGACGAGGAAGUUCUGAUGCAGCCACUGAAAUGGAAAGUCUGAGUGCCAGGCACUCCCAUUCCCAUCAUACUCUGGUCAGUGAUUUACCAGAUCACUCAAACAGUCAUGGAGAGAAUACUGUCAAAGAAGUGAGAUCACAGAUCUCCACCAUCACAGUGGCUACCUUCAACACAACCCUAGCAUCAUUCAAUGUGGGCUAUGCAGACUUUUUCAGCGAGCACAUGAGGAAGCUAUGCAACCAGGUGCCUAUUCCAGAAAUGCCCCACGAACCUCUGGCAUGUGCUAAUCUGCCCCGAAGUCUAACUGACUCCUGCAUCAAUUACAGCUAUUUAGAGGAUACUGAACAUAUUGAUGGGACCAAUAAUUUUGUUCAUAAGAAUGGCAUGCUGGAUCUUUCGGUGAUUCUGAAGGCUGUUUAUCUUGUCCUAAACCAUGACAUCAGCUCUCGCAUCUGUGAUGUGGCACUGAACAUUGUUGAGUGCCUGCUCCAGCUUGGUGUGGUCCCCUGUGUAGAAAAGAACAGAAAGAAAAGUGAGAACAAGGAAAAUGAGACUUCAGAAAAAAGGCCAAGUGAAGGAAAUUUUCAGCUCAAGGGACCUUCUGGAAGCACAACCUGUGGAUUUGGUGGUCCCUUGGUUAGUGGAACUGGAGAUGGAGGUGGAGAAGAAGGUGGAGGUGGUGAUGGAGGAGUUGCUGGAGGUGAUGGAGGAGGAGGAGGAAGCGGAAGUGGAGGAGGAGGAGGAGGAGGAGGUGGUGGUAGUGGUGGAGGAGGAGGAGGUGGAGGUGGCCCUUACGAAAAAAAUGAUAAGAAUCAAGAAAAGGAUGAAAGCACACCUGUAAGCACCCAUAGGCUUGCUCUAACUAUGCUCAUCAAAAUUGUAAAAUCUUUGGGUUGUGCCUAUGGCUGUGGAGAAGGACACCGAGGGCUCUCUGGGGAUCGUCUGAGACACCAGGUAUUCCGAGAGAAUGCCCAGAACUGCCUCACUAAGCUUUAUAAGCUAGAUAAAAUGCAGUUUCGACAAACCAUGAGGGACUAUGUGAACAAGGAUUCCCUCAAUAACGUAGUGGAUUUCUUGCAUGCUUUACUAGGAUUCUGUAUGGAACCAGUUACUGACAAUAAGGCUGGGUUUGGGAAUAACUUCACCACAGUGGACAACAAAUCCACAGCCCAGAAUGUAGAAGGUAUUAUUGUCAGUGCUAUGUUUAAAUCCCUCAUCACCCGCUGUGCAUCUACUACGCAUGAACUACACAGCCCUGAAAACCUGGGGCUCUAUUGUGACAUCCGGCAGCUGGUUCAAUUCAUCAAAGAAGCUCAUGGAAAUGUUUUCAGGAGGGUGGCCCUGAGUGCCUUGCUAGACAGUGCAGAAAAGUUAGCCCCAGGGAAAAGAUCAGAAGAGGCAGAGCAGGACUCAAAACCCUCAGGAAGCAAAAGGUCUGAGGCUGGAAUAGAUAAAGGCCAGGUAUCAGCAGCUGAUGAGUGUCGCAGCUACAUGUCUGGUCGCCCCUUGCAAACUCCAGAGCAUGAUGAACAAAUGCAAGGGGCAAAUUUAGGACGCAAAGAUUUUUGGCGCAAGAUGUUCAAAUCUCAGAGUGCAGCAAGUGAUACCAGCAGCCAAUCAGAGCAGGACACAUCAGAGUGUACCACUGCUCACUCUGGGACAACCACUGAUAGGCGGUCCCGCUCACGUUCCCGGCGGAUUUCACUCCGAAAGAAACUCAAACUCCCCAUAGGUAAAAGAAACUGGCUAAAGAGAUCAUCUCUCUCGGGCCUAGCGGAUGGUGUAGAAGAUCUCUUGGACAUUAGCUCAGUAGACCGUCUUUCUUUCAUCAGGCAAAGCUCGAAGGUUAAGUUCACCAGUGCAGUAAAACUAUCUGAAGGAGGACCAGGAAGUGGGAUGGAGAAUGGAAGAGAUGAUGAAGAGAAUUUCUUCAAAAGACUUGGUUGCCACAGUUUUGAUGACCAUCUGAGCUCCAACCAGGAGGGGGCAAAAUAUAAGAAUGUAGUGAACCUUGGAGCAAUUAGACAAGGCAUGAAGAGAUUUCAGUUUCUGUUAAACUGCUGUGAACCAGGUACUAUUCCUGAUGCCUCCAUCCUGGCAGCUGCCCUGGAUCUGGAAGCUCCAGUCGUGGCCAGGGCAGCGCUGUUUCUGGAGUGUGCGCGCUUUGUUCAUCGCUGUAACCGUGGCAACUGGCCAGAGUGGAUGAAGGGACAUCAUGUCAACAUCACGAAGAAAGGUCUUUCCCGAGGCCGGUCACCGAUCGUGGGCAACAAGCGGAACCAAAAGUUACAGUGGAAUGCAGCCAAGCUCUUCUACCAAUGGGGAGAUGCGAUUGGUAUCCGACUGAAUGAACUGUGCCAUGGAGAAAGCGAGAGCCCGGCUAAUUUGUUGGGUCUCAUCUAUGAUGAAGAGACCAAGAGGAAACUGAGAAAAGAGGAUGAGGAGGAAGACUUUUUAGAUGACAGUAAGGAGACUCCCUUUACUACAAGAACCCCUGCUUGCACUGUGAACCCCACCAAAUGUGGCUGCCCCUUUGCCCUCAAGAUGGCAGCCUGCCAACUUCUACUAGAGAUCACUACCUUCUUAAGAGAGACCUUCUCCUGCUUGCCCCGCCCACGUACUGAACCUUUGGUGGACCUCGAGAGCUGCCGACUUCGGCUGGAUCCUGAGUUAGACCGGCACAGGUAUGAAAGGAAGAUCAGCUUUGCUGGUAUCCUGGAUGACAAUGAAGAUGCAAAAGAUUCUCUCCACAGCAGCAGUCACACCCUCAAGUCUGACACAGGCGUUGAGGAGAAGAAAGUUCCCAGCAGGAAGAUCAGGAUAGGAGGCUCCCGCCUGCUCCAGAUUAAAGGAACCCGCAGUUUCCGGGUGAAGAAGGGGGGUUCCUUAUCCAGUAUUCGCCGGGCCGGCAGCUUAAAGAGUACCAAGCUAUCACGGCAGGACUCAGAGUCUGAGAAUGAGGAGCUGCAGCUGUCCCAGAGCAGGGACACUGUCACUGAUAUAGAAGGGAGUCCCUGGAGUGCAAGUGAGCCAAGCAUUGAGCCUGAGGGUCUGAGCAACACUGGCACUGAAGAAAACUACCAUAGGAACAUGUCAUGGCUUCAUGUCAUGAUCUUAUUGUGCAAUCAGCAAAGUUUCAUCUGCACACACAUUGACUAUUGCCACCCUCACUGCUACCUCCACCACAGUCGUUCCUGUGCUCGCUUGGUGCGGGCCAUCAAAUUGCUAUAUGGGGACACUGUGGAUUCCCUUCGAGAAGACAACACAGUUCAUAAUGUGGCCUUUCGGGGCAAAAAGCAAAAAGAGUGCUCAGAUAAGUCAUGCCUGAGGACACCCUCUCUGAAAAAGAGAGUUACAGAGACUAACCUAGAAGGCAAAAAGGACUCUGGGAUGUUAAAAUACAUCAGACAUCAGGUUAUGAGCCUGUCCCCAGCUCCCUUGUCUCUGCUAAUCAAAGCAGCACCAAUUCUGACUGAAGAGAUGUAUGGAGACAUCCAGCCUGCAGCCUGGGAGCUACUGCUCAGUAUGGAUGAGCACAUGGCCGGAGCUGCAGCUGCCAUGUUCCUGCUAUGUGCGGUAAAAGUCCCAGAGGCUGUAUCUGACAUGCUUAUGUCAGAGUUCCAUCACCCAGAGACUGUGCAACGGCUCAAUGCCAUCCUCAAGUUCCACACGCUCUGGAGAUUCCGCUACCAGGUAUGGCCUCGGAUGGAGGAAGGAGCUCAGCAGAUUUUUAAGAUUCCUCCUCCUAGCAUAAAUUUCACACUGCCCUCACCAGUACUGGGAAUGCCUUCUGUCCCUAUGUUUGACCCACCAUGGGUACCACAAUGUAGUGGGAGUGUGCAGGACCCAAUUAAUGAAGAUCAGUCGAAAUCUUUCUCUGCUCGAGCCGUAUCACGGUCCCAUCAGAGAGCAGAGCAUAUCCUCAAGAAUUUACAGCAAGAGGAAGAAAAAAAGCGACUUGGUCGAGAAGCCAGCCUCAUUACUGCCAUUCCCAUCACCCAAGAGGCUUGUUAUGAGCCCACCUGCACUCCCAACUCAGAGCAGGAAGAAGAAGUAGAAGAAGUCACUAACCUGGCAUCCCGACGUCUUUCUGUCAGUCCAUCCUGCACAUCAAGUACUUCCCAUAGAAAUUAUUCCUUUCGCCGUGGCUCUGUUUGGUCAGUGCGAUCAGCUGUCAGUGCAGAAGAUGAAGAACACACUACAGAGCACACCCCCAAUCACCAUGUGCCACAGCCUCCUCAGGCAGUAUUUCCAGCAUGCAUCUGUGCUGCAGUACUGCCCAUUGUUCAUUUGAUGGAAGAUGGAGAGGUUCGGGAAGAUGGUGUAGCAGUGAGUGCAGUAGCCCAGCAGGUCCUAUGGAAUUGUCUAAUUGAAGAUCCUUCAACAGUCCUUCGACAUUUCUUAGAAAAACUCACCAUAAGCAACAGACAGGAUGAGUUAAUGUAUAUGUUGAGAAAACUUCUCCUGAAUAUUGGAGACUUUCCAGCUCAGACAUCACAUAUCCUGUUUAACUACCUGGUAGGAUUAAUCAUGUAUUUUGUACGCACACCCUGUGAAUGGGGAAUGGAUGCCAUUUCUGCCACUUUGACUUUCCUUUGGGAAGUAGUAGGGUAUGUGGAAGGUCUCUUCUUCAAAGACCUAAAGCAGACAAUGAAGAAGGAGCAGUGUGAAGUAAAGCUCUUGGUCACAGCCUCCAUGCCAGGUACCAAGACUUUGGUCGUACAUGGGCAGAAUGAAUGCGAUAUCCCAACCCAGUUACCUGUACAUGAAGACACACAAUUUGAAGCUCUUUUGAAGGAGUGUCUAGAGUUUUUUAACAUACCAGAAACUCAAUCAACACACUACUUUCUCAUGGAUAAACGGUGGAACCUUAUCCACUAUAACAAGACCUAUGUGCGUGACAUUUAUCCUUUCCGGAGGUCUGUAUCACCUCAGCUGAAUCUUGUACACAUGCAUCCAGAAAAAGGCCAAGAGCUUAUUCAAAAACAGGUAUUUACCCGGAAGCUUGAGGAAGUAGGACGGGUUUUGUUUCUCAUAUCCCUCACCCAGAAAAUCCCCAUUGCCCACAAGCAAUCCCAUGUUUCAAUGCUCCAGGAGGAUCUUCUGCGCCUUCCUUCCUUCCCUCGAAGUGCUAUUGAUGCUGAGUUCUCACUCUUCAGUGAUCCUCAAGCUGGAAAGGAGCUAUUUGGUCUUGAUACUCUUCAAAAGAGUCUAUGGAUUAAGCUUCUGGAAGAGAUGUUUCUAGGAAUGCCCAGUGAAUUUCCUUGGGGAGAUGAAAUCAUGCUUUUUCUCAAUGUGUUUAAUGGAGCCUUGAUCUUACAUCCUGAAGACAGUGCCUUGCUCAGGCAAUAUGCAGCUACUGUCAUUAACACAGCUGUACACUUCAACCAUCUUUUCUCUCUCAGUGGAUACCAGUGGAUCCUCCCUACCAUGCUGCAGGUGUAUGCUGAUUAUGAAAGUAACCCACAGCUGCGUCAAGCCAUUGAAUUUGCAUGUCAUCAAUUCUACAUUCUUCAUCGAAAGCCAUUUGUGCUACAAUUGUUUGCUAGUGUGGCACCUCUCCUAGAAUUUCCUGAUGCAGCCAAUAACGGGCCCAGUAAAGGUGUGUCAGCACAAUGCCUAUUUGACUUGCUGCAGUCGCUGGAGGGAGAAACCACAGAUAUAUUGGACAUCUUGGAGUUGGUGAAAGCAGAAAAGCCUCUGAAAUCAUUAGAUUUUUGCUAUGGGAAUGAGGAUCUGACUUUCUCUAUUAGUGAAGCCAUCAAACUCUGUGUCACUGUGGUAGCUUAUGCUCCAGAAUCAUUCCGAAGUCUUCAGAUGCUGAUGGUCUUAGAAGCCUUAGUUCCAUGUUACCUACAAAAAUUAAAAAGGCAGACAUCCCAAGUGGAAACAGUACCUGCUGCCCGAGAAGAGAUUGCAGCCACAGCUGCUCUGGCGACAUCCCUGCAGGCCCUCUUAUACAGUGUGGAAGUUCUCACCAGACCUAUGACAGCCCCUCAGAUGAGCAGAUGUGAUCAAGGCCAUAAAGGGACCACUACGGCUAACCACACUAUGUCAUCAGGAGUGAACACAAGGUACCAGGAGCAAGGAGCAAAGCUACACUUUAUCAGGGAAAACCUACACUUGUUGGAGGAAGGUCAGGGUCUUCCCCGAGAGGAGCUGGAUGAACGAAUUGCUAGAGAGGAGUUCCGGAGACCUAGAGAAUCCCUACUAAAUAUUUGCACUGAGUUCUAUAAACACUGUGGACCAAGAUUAAAGAUCUUACAGAACUUGGCAGGCGAGCCUCGGGUCACUGCCUUGGAGCUGCUAGAUGUUAAAUCUCAUAUGAGGUUGGCAGAAAUUGCACAUUCCCUUCUGAAGCUGGCACCUUAUGACACCCAGACAAUGGAAAGCCGUGGGCUCCGACGAUAUAUUAUGGAGAUGCUGCCAAUCACUGAUUGGACUGCUGAAGCAGUGAGACCUGCUCUUAUCCUCAUCUUAAAGAGAUUGGAUCGUAUGUUUAAUAAAAUUCACAAGAUGCCUACUUUGAGGCGACAGGUUGAGUGGGAGCCUGCCAGCAAUUUGAUUGAAGGGGUUUGUUUGACACUUCAGAGGCAGCCAAUCAUAUCCUUCCUGCCUCACCUUAGGUCUCUGAUCAAUGUCUGUGUCAAUCUGGUGAUGGGAGUAGUGGGACCUUCCAGUGUUGCUGAUGGAUUACCCCUUCUUCAUCUCAGCCCUUAUCUCUCACCACCUCUGCCCUUCAGCACAGCUGUUGUCCGGCUUGUAGCAUUGCAGAUACAGGCUUUAAAAGAAGAUUUCCCCUUAAGCCAUGUGAUCUCCCCAUUCACCAAUCAGGAGAGAAGGGAAGGGAUGCUUUUAAAUCUGCUCAUCCCAUUUGUGCUCACAGUAGGAUCUGGAAGCAAAGAUAGCCCAUGGUUAGAGCAGCCUGAGGUCCUUCUGCUGCUCCAGACAGUUAUCAACAUCCUCCUACCUCCUCGAAUCAUUAGUACAUCUCGCAGCAAGAACUUCAUGCUUGAGAGUUCCCCAGCCCACUGCUCCACUCCUGGAGAUGCUGGGAAGGAUUUGCGCAGAGAAGGUCUGGCUGAGUCUACCAGCCAGGCUGCAUAUUUAGCUCUGAAGGUGAUUCUUGUUUGCUUUGAGAGACAGCUUGGCAGUCAGUGGUAUUGGCUGAGUCUACAAGUCAAAGAGAUGGCACUAAGAAAGGUGGGAGGGUUGGCUCUGUGGGACUUCCUUGACUUCAUCGUUCGAACUCGGAUUCCCAUCUUUGUUCUUCUGAGGCCCUUUAUUCAGUGUAAGCUUUUAGCUCAACCUGCUGAGAACCAUGAGGAGCUGUCUGCCCGACAACACAUUGCUGACCAGCUAGAGAGGCGCUUCAUUCCUAGGCCCUUGUGCAAGAGCUCUCUCAUUACCGAAUUCAACAGUGAACUUAAGAUUCUAAAAGAAGCUGUACACAGCGGGUCAGCCUACCAAGGGAAGACAUCCAUUAGCACAGUGGGCACCUCUACCUCUGCUUACCGCUUGAGCCUGGCUACCAUGUCCCGCUCCAACACUGGCACUGGCACUGUUUGGGAGCAAGACAGUGAGCCCUCCCAGCAAGCUUCACAAGAUACCCUGAGUCGUACUGAUGAGGAGGAUGAAGAAAAUGACUCGGUAAGCAUGCCCAGUGUGGUAAGUGAACAAGAAGCUUACCUCAUGAGCGCCAUUGGAAGGCGACGAUUCUCAAGUCAUGUCUCCAGCAUGUCUGCACCUCAAGCUGAGGUGGGCAUGUUGCCCAGUCAGAGUGAACCUAAUGUCCUCGAUGAUUCCCAGUGCCUGGCCGCUGAGGGCAGCCUCUCUAGGGUGGCAAGUAUACAAAGUGAACCUGGCCAACAGAAUCUCCUUAUUCAGCAACCACUGGGAAGGAAGAGAGGCCUGAGGCAGCUAAGGCGACCUCUUCUGUCUCGGCAAAAGACUCAGACCGAACCUCGAAGUCGUCAUGGAGCUAGACUCUCAACUACUCGGCGAAGCAUACAGCCUAAAACAAAGCCAACAGAUCAGAAACGAUCAGUGACCUUCACAGAAACUCAGCCUGAGACAGCAUCUUCCCCAGCAGACACCCUUCCUGCCACCACCCAGCAACAGUGUUGCAGCAAGAGCAGUCCUGGUCAGUCUGGUAAACCAGAAGUAGUGGAGAAACCAGUCCUCACAUCUUCCCCUGCCAUCAUAGUUGCUGAUCUCCAUGGCCAGAGUCCCUCCCAGAGUAAGGUCCAUCCAACUGAAGAGAAAGAAAAAGAAAAGGAAGGUGAUGCUGAAGGAGCACAAGGAGCUGCAGCACACAGCCCCUCAUCUACACAGCUUUCAGACACUGAAGAUUUUGCAGGUCUUGAGACCACAAGCUUGUUACAGCCUGAUGACACUAUUCUUCAUAUAAGUGAGGAAAAUGGGAUGGAGAAUCCCCUACUAACAAGCCAGUUCAGUUUUACUCAUAUUGAACUGGGGGAGACAGAUAUUGACUUAGAUGAGUCUCAUGUUUAAUUUUAGAUUUAGUAGGGAUUCAGGGAUUAGAAGAAUGAAUCAUCUUGCUGAAAGUUUCUAGGUGAGAUUGAUGGCAAAUUG